AUGAGCCUGGCAUCGUCGUUAUCAACUGCAUUCAUCUUAUCCGACACACUAUGCGUAGCGUACGACGAUCCCCUGAGGACUAAGUUAUUCUGUUCCACGCUCUUUAUGUGUGGUGUCUGCAGUGUGUUACAAACGACAUUGGGUGUCAGAUUACCGGUGUAUCAAGGUCCUUCUGCAUCAUUCAUAGUUCCACUGUUAGCUUUACGACGAGAUAUUAGAUGGUCUUGUACAGAUAACACGAAUAAUGGGGUGUGGACAGAACCCAUGAACCAGCACCUAAAUUUAUCUGGAAGUUUAAUGAUAGCCUCGUUAAUUGAAAUAAUAAUAGGUGGUACGGGACUAGUAGCGCCGUUAUUGAAAUAUAUCGGUCCAAUAACAGUUGCUCCGACCAUUUCAUUAAUUGGCCUGUCUUUAGUAAAGGUUCCUAUUAUAUACUCCAGACCACAAUGGGUUAUUGCCUUUUUUGGUGCCUUGUUAGUAUUAAUAUUCUCCUUGUAUUUAUAUAAAAUUAAAAUACCAAUGCCAAGACUCAACUGUCUGAAGAAGAACAACGAUGAGAAACUUAAACCACGAUCGCAAUUCGCCAUAUUUCAGAUAUUACCGAUCCUACUUAGUAUAAUAAUAUUAUGGAUAGUGGCUGCCAUUUUGACUAUCACAGAUACACUGUCUACAGAUCCUGAGUCUUUAGAAUAUAAAGCUAGAACUGAUUCUAAACUCAAUAUCGUCAGCAUGACACCGUGGUUCUCUAUUCCUUACCCAGGACAGUUUGGUUUGCCCAGAACCAGUACAGCGGUCAUCGUUGGAUUUUCAGCUGCCACCAUAUCAUCACUUAUAGAAUCUGUUGGUGAUUAUUUCGCUGCAGCAAAGUCUUGUCAAGUUCCAGCUCCACCUGACCAUGCUAUUACUAGAGGCAUUCUUAUUGAAGGAAUUGGCAGUAUUUUAUCAGGAGCCGUAGGUGUUGGUCAUGCAACAACGUCUUAUAGUGGAAAUAUAGCAGCUAUAACUUUAUCCAAGGUAAUACUAUCGCUGCAAGCUUUGAAAGUGUGA